AUGGCUCCUCCCCCUCCUCUCUCACCCUCUGGUUCUGUGGCUCCUCCCCCUCCUCCCCCUCCUCGCCGGUAUGGUAGUUGGGUCCUCCCCCUCCUCUCUCACCCUCUGGUUCUGUGGCUCCUCCCCCUCCUCUCUCACCCUCUGGUUCUGUGGCUCCUCCCCCUCCUCCCCCUCCUCGCUGGUAUGGUAGUUGGCUCCUCCCCCUCCUCUCUCACCCUCUGGUUCUGUGGCUCCUCCCCCUCCUCCCCCUCCUCGCUGUUGGCUCCUCCCCCUCCUCUCUCACCCUCUGGUUCUGUGGCUCCUCCCCCUCCUCGCUGGUAUGGUAGUUGGGUCCUCCCCCUCCUCUCUCACCCUCUGGUUCUGUGGGUCCUCCCCCUCCUCUCUCACCCUCUGGUUCUGUGGCUCCUCCCCCUCCUCCCCCUCCUCGCUGGUAUGGUAGUUGGGUCCUCCCCCUCCUCUCUCACCCUCUGGUUCUGUGGCUCCUCCCCCUCCUCUCUCACCCUCUGGUUCUGUGGCUCCUCCCCCUCCUCCCCCUCCUCGCUGUUGGGUCCUCCCCCUCCUCUCUCACCCUCUGGUUCUGUGGCUCCUCCCCCUCCUCCCCCUCCUCGCUGGUAUGGUAGUUGGGUCCUCCCCCUCCUCUCUCACCCUCUGGUUCUUGGCUCCUCCCCCUCCUCUCUCACCCUCUGGUUCUGUGGCUCCUCCCCCUCCUCCCCCUCCUCGCUGGUAUGGUAG